CGCGGUGGCGUCAGCGGUGGGCGUGUUCCGACGUGGUGACGACAGCGGAGACUCGCGUGGAAGAGGAGGAGGCGGCAGCGGACGGCGGGCACGUGUGGCCGGCGGUGUUAGUGGAGUGGAGCAGAGCCCGGGGCUGAGCGGCGCCACUGCGGCAGCGUCCCGCAAUGGUUCUAAGAUUCCGAAAUGUGUUUCCGUAUACCCUCCCUGGAGUGUUGGCCCUACUUGGCUGGUGGUGGUUCAUCACCCGAAAGAAAAGCAAUAAGAAGCCACUUAUUGAUGCACCAGAACAAAACGCCAAGGUUGGAGAAGAGAAACGUGCAACUGUGGAAGAUGGUAAGAAUGAUAUAAUGCCGGUUGCCAAGAAACAUAACCAGAAUGAAAACACAGCCAAGUUGCAAGCAGUGCCUACAUUACAAGCCGAAGCAUUGGGGAAAGCGGAUGUUGCUGGCAAUUUGUUAGAUACCAGUGAAGAAAAUGCUCAAAAGUUGAUCCUGGACUCGUCCCCAUCCCAUGAAGCUCUCUUCAUGCCCAAUGUGCAAGGACCCAUUCAGGUAUCACCCAAAGUUGAGAAGGAUGGUUACCUUCAUCAAAUGGUGGAUAAAGUUAGCAUUGAUUCUUUGGAGGCCCGGCAACCUUCCGUUUGCAAUGUGGUCGCAUGUUCUCCUUUUUCUGUUGCAAAGUCAUCCGAUAAUCUGGAUGCCAAAGGUAAACUUGACAAAACUUUACCAAAAAUCAUUACAACCCCUUCUAUGGAAUGUAAACAGCUGGUGUCUGACCACCACACCAUGGAAAGGCCUGAACCAGAAGGUGAAAAUUCGGGAAAUACAACAGAGCCCCCAUGCUUCAACUCUGUGCUCAAUGGCGUUGGUAUCGGCCCCUAUUUAAUUCCAACUGGUCUUCGCCAAGAAUCUGAGCAAGGAAGCAAAUUACAUAAAGAAACGUGCUUCGCAGAUGAUGGCUUAUCCACUGAAUCAAUUGACAGACGAGUUCAUUUGGACAAGAUUGAAGAGGCGGCUGCUGGUUUGAUCUCUGAGGUAAUAAUGGCAGCUAAAGAGGAAUUGUGUUCUUCACGGCUAGAUCCGUGUGCAGAAGUCGAGCGCACAACAGGAGCGGAAAGUAACAAGCUGACAAAUUCUGCUGCUGACACUACAGUAUUGCCUGUGGCUGGAGAUGUGCAGAAAGUUUGUGUUGAGGUGAAGGAGGGCAAUGAAGUGGAGUGUGUUGCUAAUGACGUAGAAGUAACACAGAGUACGGUCCCAAAGGAGAAGGCAUUCAAAGACUUGAGCCAAGACGUCGCUAAAGAUGAAGAGCAGAGCCAUUCUGCAGAGCUAACAAGUACCAAAGGAUCCAGGAACGCUUUUGAAGAUAAUCCAGUAGUAGAAGACCCCGGUUGCCACUUGGAAGAAGGAGCUGCUGGGGAUUAUCUACCCCAAACUGAUGUGGAUUUAUGCAAGCUGGAAAACCAUGAGGGCUUGUUAAGUAACAGCCAGGUGACCAAUGUUCAGAGUGAAAUGACCUCCAAAGAGAAGCUAAGGGCAAAGUUAUUGUCAAAUGAAUCAAUUGUGAAAGGAAAUGUUUCGAAGGAUUGUGUUAAAGUUGCAUCUGGGAACACAAGUUGUGUGUGCACAGAGGAGCUGCAGCCCAAUACAUUUAGUGAGAAGUCUUCAGAAGACUUGAACAUUGUGGCAGAGGAUUCGGGUUGCAGUGUCUGCUACUCGGAAGAUGGAGCCGGAGGAGAGGAUUUGCCACGCAGCUUACUCGAAAGCACACUAGACAGUAAGAAAGAGGACACACUAAAUGACUCUGCAGCUGGAGGAGAUUCCUUGGAACAAGAUCCAAAACAUGGACCUAAACCUCUACAAGAUGACACUGAAUUGAUGCAUACUAAUGGAGGUCAAGUGGAAGGCACUAAUGGGCCUGGCCACAUGCUGCUCGAAAUGGAUUUUGAUCAUUCUGGAGGUUCUGAUGUAAAUAGCAUGGAUUCGAGUGACAGUGGCUGUACUGCGGGUGGUGCAGAAGGUCAAAACAGAGAUGGCGUUGCUCCAAGCACGACAAAAGGCAAAGCUGAGUUUACCAUCUGGGAGGUACAGGUGCCAAAGCAUCUAGUUGGACGGUUAAUUGGCAAGCAAGGGCGGUAUGUGAGUUUCUUGAAGCAGACCUCUGGUGCCAAGAUUUACAUAUCCACAUUGCCUUACACGCAAGAUUUCCAGAUCUGCCAUAUAGAAGGUAAUCAACAACAGGUGGACAAAGCACUGAACCUGAUUGGAAAGAAGUUUAAAGAGUUGGAUCUCACAAAUCUAUAUGCUGCACCUCCUUCACUGUCUCUACCAGCAUUGCCCAUAACAUCAUGGCUCAUGCUUCCAGAUGGCGUGACGGUCGACGUGCUGGUGGUGAAUAUCGUCAAUGCAGGACACAUGUUUGUGCAGCAGCACACGCAUCCAACAUGCCACGUACUACGCAACAUGGAUCAACAAAUGUUUCUUCUUUACUCGCAGCCAGGAAUCCCCACGCUAACUCCUCCCUUGGAAGUUGGUAUAAUCUGUGCAGCUCCAGCGGGAGAAGGUGCCUGGUGGAGGGCACAGGUUGUUGCCUUUUUUGAAGAAACGAAUGAAGUUGAAAUCCGUUACGUUGACUACGGUGGCUAUGAACGAGUUAAAAUCGAAGCGUUACGACAAAUCAGGUCUGACUUUGUGUCACUCCCUUUCCAAGGGACUGAAGUCUUGCUGGAUAAUAUAAUGCCCCUCCCAGAUGAGGACCAGUUCUCAGAAGAAGCGAACGCCGCAAUGGAUGAAAUGACACGUGGUGCAGCAUUACUUGCCCAGGUAACGGGUUAUGAUAACAGCGGAAUGCCUCUCAUACACUUGUGGAGCCUAGCCGGUGAUAAGGUCUUGUUCUUGAAUCAAAUCCUGGUGGAAAAAGGACAUGCGCAAUGGAUGGAGAACUACUAGUCUGCAGAUGAAGGCCAUUUUUCUAAACUCAUUUUGCACUGCAUUGUAAUUCAAUCAUUUGCUCGCUGUGCAGAUGUGUAUAUAAGUCAUUGUAUUAAUAUUUUGUAAGAUCUCACAGUACAUAAAGGGAACUUUUUCAAAAUUAUGGAAUCUAUAUAGGUAAGUGAUUGUCACGCGGUUAUGUCUUGUCUGAUUAAUUUGAUAUUUAAAAGAAACCUUGUCAUUGUACAGAAUAGGUUUACUAGAUUACUUGAAUGGAAUGAUAUUGUGAUCAAUGAAUUCUUUGCUACUUGGUUGUACAGACCUGUAAAAAGUACCCAAAAAAACUGACAGAAUUCAGCUUGUGUGGUGUUGUUUUUUUUAAAUUAUAGCUUGGAGCUUCUCA